UGGCGCGAAUGAAUUGUGAUCCUACCUACUUGACGUGCUUCUGUUUGCAUCUAAAAAGUCAUAGCAAGUGUCCGUUACAUUGGACAUCUAUUUUUUAAGUGAAUGAGAAGUAUGACACUUACAGAAAUGGAGCCAUUAAAAAUACACUUAGAUUCUUUAGAAAUGGCUGGGAAAAUGGUAGAUAAACAUAUUAUAGCUGAUAGUAAUUUUCCAUCUUUAACCAAUCUUAUGAGAUACAGUGUACAAGGUGGACCAACUGUUAGUGGUCUUGAUGAUCAUGACUAUCCUAAUUUAAAUGGUGGAUCAAUGAGUUUAACAAAUAUCAAUCAAAUGAAGAUACAUAGCAAAAUUCCAUUGCCUUCUGAAGUAAUGGAACAUUUUGGUCAUAUGCAGUGCCACUGUAUGAUGGGUCUCUUUACAGAAAUUUCUAAGGCUUGGCUUACUAUCGACAGUGAUAUUUACCUAUGGUCUUAUGAAAAUGAGUCAGAUGUUGCAUAUUUUGAUGGACUGAAUGAAACCAUUAUAAGCGUAGGCUUGGUAAAACCUAAGGCAGGGAUCUUUCAGAGUUAUGUUAAAUAUUUAUUAAUUCUCACAACAACAGUAGAAAUAACUAUCCUUGGUGUUACAAUACCUGAUGAUACAAAAGAAGUACAAUUGGUUCCAGAACCUAUUUUUACCGUUACCACUGAUGGAAUAGGAAUCACUACAAUUGCUAAUACCAGUAGUGGCCGAAUCUUCCUUGGUGGUAGAAAUGGAUCAUUAUUUGAAAUAUAUUAUCAGGCAGAGAGCAGUUGGUUCGGCAAACGGUGUAAAAAAGUUAAUCAUUCGGAAGGUCCAUUGUCAUUUUUGGUACCAUCAUUUGUUUCUAUGGCAUUGUCAGAAGAAGAAGCUAUAAUACAGAUAUCCGUGGAUGAUUCACGUAAUAUUUUGUACACUUUGGGCGAUAGAGGUACAAUCACAGUUUGGGAUAUUAAUGAGGGUGGUGCAUCCAGAAUUACAUCAUUGUCUCAGGCUUCUUUGGUACAAAAUACUGUCCAUGUUGUUAAAACUUUGGAUAGUAACAAUUUCCGACCUCUUGUGAGCAUAUCUGCCAUAACAGAGUCCGAAUCUGUACACCUAAAUUUGGUUGUGGUCGCAGCGACGGGAACUCGCUUCUACUUUAGUUGCACUUCAGUUACGAAUCCUACAAGUAGACCACAAGGUCUACACCUGAUACAUGUCAGGCUGCCGCCGGGUUACGCUGCGAAUGCUCCGGUAAUGAGGCCACGGAAAGUGCAGAUGGCGUAUUACAGAAAAGGCACUCUUAUUCUUGUUUGCGGCGGCGAUACAGAAAGUGCAUGGUGUUUAAGUAACGAUGCUUAUCCAUUUACAAAUUAUUUAGCUGAGACACAGAGUAUCCUACCUCUUGAUAGUCCAGCCUGGGCUAUGGAAGAAAUUAUAGGGGACUCAGCUAUACAUUUCGAGAAACAGAACAGUCCUGAGGGCGAACCUCCACUGUUAGUGCGGCAGCACAUGGAACCACCGAGAAAAUUCAUAUUUUUGACAGCACAAGGCGCAAUAAUUUUAAUGCAAGUACGUCCUGUGGAUAUCUUGCGACAACUGCUCUUGGAACAACGCGGACCUGACACUGAACCAGUGCGUGCGUAUUUUCAAACGCAAUCUUUGGAACAAGCAUGUGCUACGUGUCUCAUCUUGGCAACACUCGCGAGUUCUCAAAACGCCCAGUUGUCAGAAUGGGCAACCCGUGCAUUCUUUUUAUACGGUGGUCAAAGAACAGCAGGAAUAGGUCUCCCCAUUGAUAUGCAUAGUGGUUUUUCCAAUAUAAAUCCAGUAGAUUUACGUACAUCCACGCCUAGAGUGCCAACUUUUGACUCUAGAACUCAAGCCUUUCGAUCACAUGCCCAAAUGGGACUUAACACGGACGUCGCUUUACAACACUUUUCUGCGAAACACAGUGGACUGUACUUAUAUGUAGGAAGAAUACUUCGUCCUAUAUGGAACAUAAGAUGUAUAAAGCAAGAGAUAGUAAAUAAUAAAAGUCAGAUAUCCAGUAUAGUACCAGCAACACAAAUAACUUGGAUUUUGGGACAUUUGCAAGCCCUGAGGUCUUUCUUGAACAGAAAUACGCAUAUCACGAAACAGCAAAAUGCAACCAGUAGAAGUAUAACUGGCUUUGAAACAACCAUUUCGAGUCAUUUUCAAGAACCAAUCGUGGAAGAAAGAAAUUCGUUGGAUGCUUUAAAAGUUUUUAUCACUCAUGCCUGUGAAGUUCUGGGUUUAUGGAAGAUAUUAUGUGAAAAUCAAUUGAAUAAUAUUGUUAACUGCUUAACAAAGGAUCAGAUUACUCAGUUUUCGACAGCCACCUUUAGAGAUCUGAUUUUAAUAGGCCAUGAGAUAUCUUCUCUGCUCAUCGUUCAUUUGAUCGAUAGCUAUCUUGGAGAUAACGCAUCAGUGGAUUCUGUAAGUGCAAAAUUAAGGGAAGUAUGUCCAAAUUUGUAUAGAUCCGAAGACGCUGUUUGUUCUAAGGCGAACGAGAUUAUCCUGAAAGCAAAAAGUUCCACAAAUCCUGAAGAAAAAGAAUUGCACCUGCAAUCUGCCUUAAAGCUCUGCAAGGAGGUAGCACCCAGGUUAAAUUUGGCGGCGGUAUGCCAGCAAUUCGUGGCGUGCCAGUUCUACAUGGGAGUGCUUGAAUUAUGUAUUUGCUGUGCAGAAAGAAUAGAUCCCAAUAAUGCCGCCUCGCAUUAUUACAAGAAUAAUGAGCCUUUAGAGGAUCAGGAAGGAAAUCAAGCCUUUAUGAAACGUUUAGAAAUUUAUAAGGAAUUCAUUACGAUGCUGGAUCAUUUGUAUCAGCAGAGUCUUUCUAGUCCUUUAACACCGACUAUACCAAGCAAACCCGGACUUCCUUUGCUGACUACUUCAAUCACUACGAUGACACCAGCUAAAGAUAUAUUACACGAAAUCAUAGGUGACGCACUGCAAGCUCCAUGUGAGACACUACAUUCCUCCAUUUAUACUUGGAUGAUAGAGAAAGGACUUCAUGGUGAAUUAGUCGCGCUCGCCGCACCGUCGUUAGAGACUUAUCUCAAUCGGGUUAAUGCGCCUGAAUUACUCUGGCAAUUUUAUGAGAGAAAUAAAAAUCACGCAGCUGCGGCGAAAAUCUUGGAUUCUUUGGCCAGCAAAAUCGGGUCAGAUAUAUCAUUAUCGGAGAGAGUUGAAUAUUUAGCACGAGCGGUUGCAUGCAUGCGAAGUCAUCAAACUGGAUAUGCUCCUUAUCUUGGAAUCUUCUUGCGUGAAUUAGAAGAUAAAUUGGAAAUAGCUAGAAUGCAACAAAAGAUACUUGAUAUUAUCAAUAAUGCAACAAGCAAUCAACGCCUGCAAAGCCUGCAAGGUUCCAUGACAUUGAAAGAUGCAAAAUUGAGAUUAAAUUCUUCAUUGCUCGACAUCACACAGUUAUAUGAGGAAUAUGCAGAACCUUUACAGCUUUGGGAAUGCAAACUGGCAAUAAUUCAUUGCUCGGGUCAUCAAGAUGAUAUGUUGAUUAAAGGAAUUUGGACGAAUAUAAUUGAUAAUGAAUUAGAAAACGCGACAGCUCCCUCCAACGAAGAUAAAAUUACCAUUUUAAUGAGUAAAAUUAAAUUACUUGGCCAAGAAUAUGUCGGAUCACCGCAUUGUUUUCCAAUUGACUUUUUAGUGAAACAAUUAGAAAUGAAAGCGUGUAAAUAUAAGGUGUCCAAUACUGGCAUUAUAACUGGAUUCUUGGAAUUGGGAGUAUUAAUGGAAGAUCUUUUAGAUAUUUAUGAUAAAAUGAUUGGUAAAAAUACCCGUACUUGGUUAAAUGAAGGCAAUGAAUUUCAUUUGAUUGAAUCGACAGCGAACUUAGUGCAACAAUUUAUAUCGCAUUCGAAUGUUACAAACAGUUUUGUCAGGAGAAAAAUAAUUACAAAAUGUCAAGAUGUUAUUUCAAAAUGCUUAACAACACUGUUCAGCAAACCUAAUGGUGGUGAUCUUGACAGAGAAAUUGCAAAUUUGCGAUCCAUCCAAAGCAAAUUGAAUCGCAUGUAAGACAACUUUACCUGGAUAAUUAGGAUGGGAUGUACAUUAUAUAUAUAAAAUAUUAAAAUGACUUUUCAAAUUAACUGAUACAAGCUAUGGUGUUAUUUAUGGCAUCGCUAAUUAAAAUAAGCAAUUGUCCAAUUUUCUGAUGAAUAUUUAUCAAGUACUGCCUUGUCUAAUUUUACAAUGUUGCAAAUUAAUGCUGUAUCAAGUAAUUAUAUGAAAUUCUUAAAUAUAUGUGAUGUAUAUAUA